ACAUUUUUAUGAUCUUUAGGACUUCAAGCAUUUAAUAUUAAGUAACACGGAGAUUAAAGAGCAGAACAAAAUCACCUAAAUUCUUGGUCCCAUUUACAUUGAUAUUCGCAGUCAACUGGCGUAUGAGUUGGUUUAUAGAGGGUGAAGAAGCAAUAUAUAGAGGCAUUCCAUGGUUGUGGUGCUUCUAUUGUAUCAUAUGAAAAUGAAAAUGUACGAUGUUUAUGUAAUCCUUUUGUUUUGUCAUCUGACAGUGUUGCAUCUCUCAGCUGGGAAUGCAAAUGAGCACACUUCUGAUUGUCCGGACUUAUUUGAUUGCGGAAGUUUGGGGAAUAUUUCCUUUCCCUUCACCACCUCUGAACACCCCAAUUGUGGUGCUUUGGCAAUCCAAGGCUGUAAUAAUCCUAACCAAACAGCACUGAAGCAAGUCCGGUUGAGCAGUGGAGGAAAACUUUUACAAGUUACAAACAUUGUUGGUGGUUGGAGAUGGAAAAUUUCCAUUAUAGACAAGGAUUACCGCAAUCUUCUUGAAAAUUCUAGUUGUAAUGCCUUGAGCUAUAAUAUCACCGUCCCUCCCUCCUCCCCUUUCGGUUAUUUUUCCCUGGAAAACAAUAUAACCGCCCUCAAUUGCAGCCACCACAAAAACCUCAACCUUUCAAAAGAUUUCAUCAACUAUACUCGAUGUUCUCCCUUUGAUUUUUACUUCGCCCCUUCAUCCUCUGAUCAGAACUACCUACGCUCUUUAACCUCUUCAUGUUCAAUGGUUCAACUUCCCGUCAGACAAGAUUCCCAGUUCUUCAAAGACCCCUUUGGAUUUUUAAAUCCUCAAAUUACCUUUCAAUUCCAGUCUUCAAGUGCCUGUUGGCGGUGUCGGGAUAGAGGGGGCAAUUGCCGACUAGACAGCAACGCAAAAUUAUAUUGCGCCAUGAGGAAAAGUGGAGCUUGGAAUCGGAAGCUUCCGUUGAUGCUAGCUUUGACCGUGGUGGCUUCUGUAGUUGUAGUGCUGAUGGUUUUGAUUUGUUGCUUCAGAGCAAAGAUCUUUUAUCCUUUGUUUUGGAGGGAAAAUCCAACUCAUCGCGUUAUUGAAGACAUUUUGAAGGAACACGGACCCCUUCCCACAGCCAGGUUCAGUUAUUUAGAGGUUAAGAAAAUGACCAACUCUUUCAGAAACAAAUUAGGGCAAGGGGGAUUCGGUAGCGUAUACAAAGGGAAAUUACAUGAUGGAUGUGUUGUUGCAGUGAAAGUUUUAACUGUAUCUAAAGGCAAUGGAGAAGAAUUCAUCAAUGAAGUUGUGAGUAUUAGCAGGACUUCACAUGUUAAUAUCAUUAGACUUUUAGGAUUUUGUUUUGAGAAUACUCACCGCGCUCUAGUAUACGAGUUUAUGCCUAACGGAUCUCUUGACAAGUUCAUCUAUGAAGACAAAAUUGCAUCAAAGGAUGUUCAUCAACUGGAUUGGAAAAUAUUGAAUGAUAUUGCAGCUGGCAUAGCUCGUGGAUUAGAGUACUUAUAUAGAGGCUGUAACACUAGAAUUGUACAUUUUGACAUAAAACCUCACAACAUAUUACUAGACGAGGAUUUCUGUCCAAAAAUUGCAGAUUUUGGACUUGCAAAAGUAUGUCCUAGAAAAGAAAGUAUGGUAUCCCUAUUUGGUGCCAGAGGAACUGCAGGGUAUAUUGCUCCAGAAGUUUUUUCCAGAAACUUUGGUGCUGUGUCACACAAGUCAGAUGUUUACAGUUAUGGAAUGAUGGUCUUAGAAAUGGUUGGAAAAAGAAAGAAUAUUAAGACAAAAGUAGACCGGUCGAGUGAAAUAUACUUUCCCCAUUGGAUUUAUAAUCGUCUUGAAUCAAAUACAGAGCUUGGUUUAGAAAAUGUGAGAAAUGAAAGUGAGGACGAAAUGGUGAGAAAGAUGACAAUAGUGGGCUUGUGGUGCAUACAAACUCAUCCAUCAACUCGACCGACCAUAAGUAAAGUGGUGGAAAUGUUAGAAAGUAAACUUGAUUUUUUGCAAAUUCCACCUAAACCAUAUUUGUCUUCUCCUCCAAUAUCUCCGACUAAGUUGUCAUAUGAAAGUUUAUAAGGAUACUAAGAUGUAUUCCGUGUUACUAUUCUUUUUUACUUUUAGUUUGAUGUCAUAAGUUGGUCAUUUUUUUUUUAAUAGUUACUUGUAACGUGCUAACUUCACAGGUUUUACUUGUUUUUUUGCUAAAUGAUGCGUGGCUUGUUUGA